AUGUCGUCUGACGUUACAAGUUCCUCAACCGGUGUCAUGUCUAAUCUUCCAACAGUUGAACAUGUGAAAGCAUGGAGUCGAGGGGACGUUAAAGCAUUUUUGCAAAACAACAAAACUGGAUUAGAUCUUGAAGAUGGAGAUAUCAAUAAAAUAUAUAAUCAGAGGAUUAAGGAGCGUCCUAUAAAGAAACUUCGAAUAGAACAGGGCUGGAAGUUAUACACCACCUCUGAUGGUCAUUCCGUAGAAUUGCCACCCCAAAUAAUUGACAUGCUUGCAAGUGAGAAAUUCGUACCUGAUAACCGCAUUGAUUUCCAAAAUGCCUUCCAGAACCUUAGUGCUCGCCAAUCAAUCACCCUACCACAUCUUGGCCAGGAACCUAAACACUUCGCUAAAGGUUAUCAAGGAAAAGCAUUGCUUGUUACUGGGCAGAUGAUCGAUAUAUGGGAUAAGCUUUCAGCAGAUAGUGAUCAUUCAAUCAAGCGUGUUCUUUCAGGCCCAAUGGGUGUGGGUAAAUCAUAUAUUACCUAUUUCCUUGCAGCUAAAGCAUAUGCUGAAGGAUGGCUGAUGCUUUACAUCGCAGAUGCAGCUGAGCUAAGUUUAAACACGUCAGAGGAAGCAGGAAUGGUGAUUUGCAAGUACUUCCUGGCUCUUAAUAAGGAUAUUUUGACUGGCGCCGAGCUUGAGCUGCUUGUGGAAAAUGAAAAUAUUGAUUAUUCUUCUAGUAAGGUUGCUGGGAAAAUUCUGGAAAAUCUACUCAAACAAGUAGAUCGUAAAACUCUUUUAAUUAUUGAUGAGCAUGGUGUAUUAUUUGAAAAGGAUCCAGUACCUGAAAGACUUCAUAUUUUGAAACCUCUGAUGAACCUUACUUUUUGGGCUGAACAUUACAAAGGUGUACGUAUAAUUCUCACGGGAACUGCACAUGCUAAAUAUGAGAUGAUAUACAUGAAAAAUGGUCAGAGCAAAUGGUGGAUGAUCUAUGUCGCUCCACUAGAGAAUAAUGUAUUUGAUAUGUUGUUGCAGAUGCACCCCCUUCUGAGUAAACAAGGCAUUAAAGAAGAAGCAAUAAAGGUUACAAAUUGCAUGCCACGAGAACUUAUGUAUCUAGUUGAUUAUGUUAGUGAACUCGAUCCCAAUACUACCGAUGUAAACGACUUUCAAGAAGUACUAAAAAAUUUUGAGAAUGAAUGGAUUGAUCAGCUUCUGAUUAUUGUUCAAAGUUAUUAUAAUAGUCUCCAGAAAAGUGAAAAAAUCCGUUACUAUGAUUCUCUUACAAGUAUGUUUCUUCCCAGUAAACCAAUUGUGCAGUUUGAGUGGACAUUCUUAGAUCUUGGGUUGAUUUAUCGGUACAUGGAGCACAAGGAAAUUCAUUACUUCCCUCUAUGCCCAUCUGCUCAGAAAGCUCUAUUAAAAAUAAAUGUUGUUAUGCUCCAGUUUGAUGACUAUGCUAUAAUCAAGCCUUCUGGCUUAUCCCUUGGACCUGGUUUUGAUAAAGUAUCUGUCAGUGAUUUCGUAACACACAACAGCAAACCAUCAACAAACAUCAGGCAAGCAUUUGAAGUAAUGUCUGCACAAGCUGGUAUCUCUCAAAUGCAAAUUAAUGGAAGAAACCAGAUCGAGAUGUAUUUGGAUGAGAUGUAUGGUCCCGGUCAUUCUGCUGAAAUAGAUUCAAGAAAUAAGUUUGUUGUUACCCAAAAUGGUAGGCACGUGCCUGGAUUUCAUAUUGUCUAUAUUCGAGGUAGUCCUGGAAUUCCCAAACACCCGAGAAAAGUUCAUGAAUUCCCUGAUGUAGCACAUGUCACCUUUGAAGAGAUUACGAGAUAA